AUGUUAGAGGGAAAAUUCGAAUCUGCAUCUCUCAUGAAGAGGCUCGUUGAGGCUAUUAAGGACUCAGUUAAACUAUGUAAUUUCAACUGCUCGCAGACAAAAGGUAUCACCUUGCAGGCUAUAGAUGAUUCCAGGGUGUUGCUUAUCUCAUUGAAGCUGGACCCAGGCUGUUUUGAAGGAUUCCGUUGCGAUAAGAACUUGGUUCUUGGUUUGGAUCUCGAGUCUCUUUCCAAGGUGUUGAAGCAGGGUAACAACGAAGAUUACCUUACUUUGAUUGCCGAAGAUGCCCCAGAUAACUUAUUGGUUGUGUUCGAGGACCCAAAGAAGGACCGGAUCUCCGAGUUUUCAUUGAAAUUAAUGGACAUCGACUCAGAUGUUCUUUCAAUCGAGGAUAUGGACCACGAUUGCUCAAUAACGCUUCCAUCUUCAGACUUUGCAAAGGUUGCAAGAGAUAUGAGAACAUUGAGUGAGUCGCUACAGAUAUUGGUGACUAAGGAUUCGGUCAAGUUUAUGGCUUCCGGUCCAAUAGGUACAGGAUCGGUUAUAAUUAAGGCACAUACAGACCUUAAGGAUGGAAAAGAGUCGAUCAAGAUUGAUCUCAACAAAUCAGUGAAUGUGACUUUCGGUGCCAAGUACUUGAACGAUAUUGUUAAGGCAAGUACACUUGCUGAAACUGUGACUAUCAAGCUUACAAACAAGAUUCCUGCACUGUUCGAGUUCAAGUUGCAAGGUGGCUACUUGAGGUACUACUUGGCUCCUAAGUUCGACGAGGACGAAGAGUAG